UUAUCAUCUUAUCAUUUGUUCUCUUUUUUAGGUUAUGAACUUUUACCGUAUGUAUUUCUCGUAUUCCUGAUGUUCCUGAUGCAAUAUUAAAUAUAUUGUGAAUUAUUUUUAUACAGGACACUAAUUUAAAGAUGACUGAAAAGAAACUUCAACAAAUACCGAGAGUUCCAGAAUCGGUAAAUUUUCCCGAUGAAGAAGUAAAAAUCCUUGCCUACUGGAAACAAAUUGAUGCCUUUAAAUCAUGCCUGAAGCAAUCAAAAGGAAAACCAAAAUACACAUUUUAUGAUGGCCCUCCCUUUGCUACUGGUUUACCACAUUAUGGCCAUAUACUAGCUGGCACUAUUAAAGAUGUAGUCACCAGGUAUGCUCAUCAACAAGGCUUUCAUGUAGAACGACGGUUUGGAUGGGAUACACAUGGUUUACCAGUGGAAUAUGAAAUUGACAAAAAACUUGGGAUAAAAGGACCUGAUGAUGUAAUGAAAAUGGGUAUUGCAAAAUACAAUGAAGAAUGUAGAAAGAUUGUAAUGAGGUACAGUGGUGAUUGGGAAAAAAUUGUUAGUAGGAUUGGACGUUGGAUUGAUUUUAAAAAUGAUUACAAGACAUUAUAUCCGUGGUUUAUGGAAACUGUUUGGUGGGUAUUUAAGCAACUGUAUGUCAAAGGUUUAGUUUACAAAGGCAACAAAGUAAUGCCAUACUCUACAACAUGUAAUACACCUUUAUCAAAUUUUGAGACUGGACAAAACUACAAGGAUGUUGUUGAUCCUGCUGUGACAGUGAGCCUGCCAAUUUUAGAUGAUAAAGAAGGUGCUGCCUUAUUAGUAUGGACCACUACCCCUUGGACUUUACCAAGUAAUAUGGCAGCUUGUGUCCAUCCAGACUUAAUUUAUGCAAGAUUUCAGCAAGUUAGCACUCAAAAGAUUUACGUAAUGAUGGAAUGCCGCAUAGAAUCUAUAUUUGCUGCUGAUGAUGUUAAGGUUAUUAAAACCUUUCCUGGUAAAGAAUUGGAAGGCCUCCGCUAUGAACCUAUAUUCAACUACUUCACUCACUUGAAAGAUAAAGCAUUUAGAGUGUUUGUAGACGAUUAUGUGACGUCAGAGUCAGGUACUGGCAUUGUACAUCAGGCUCCAUAUUUUGGAGAAGAUGAUAAUAGAGUUUGUUUGGCAAAUGGUGCCAUAACUAGAGAUCAAGAACCGAUUUGCCCUAUUGAUGCUAAUGGCUGUUUUGUUGAACCUGUAAAAGAAUUUUUGGGACAAUAUGUAAAAGAUGCUGAUAAAAAUAUCAUUGCUAAGCUCAAAGAAACUGGAAGACUGAUUCAUCAAUCUCAGAUUAAACACAGUUAUCCAUUUUGUUGGAGGUCUGAUACUCCUCUUAUAUAUCGCGCAAUCCCAUCUUGGUUUAUAAGAGUUGAGCAUAUGAGAGAUCAACUUCAGGAAGUUAUAUCCGAUACCUAUUGGGUACCAGAAUUUGUUAGGGACAAGAGAUUCGCCAAUUGGUUAAAAGAAGCUAGAGAUUGGGCUGUCAGUAGAAACAGAUAUUGGGGUACACCCAUUCCCAUCUGGAUGUCUGCUGAUGGCAGUGAAGUUGUUUGCAUUGGCAGUAUAGCUGAAUUGGAAGAACUUAGUGGAAAGAAAGUUGCCGAUUUGCACAGGGAAACUGUGGACACCAUUGAAAUUCCAAGUCGUAUACCAGGAAACCCUCCAUUAAAAAGAAUAUCCGAAGUUUUUGAUUGUUGGUUUGAAUCUGGCUCCAUGCCUUACGCCCAAGUUCAUUAUCCGUUUGAAAAUGUAAAAGAAUUUGAAGACAAUUUCCCAGCUAACUUUAUAGCAGAAGGUAUCGAUCAAACGAGAGGAUGGUUCUACACUCUUACCGUAAUAUCCACAGCUCUCUUUGGCAAGGCUCCGUUCAAAAAUUUAGUUUGCAAUGGAUUAGUUUUGGCUGCAGAUGGGUUUAAAAUGUCCAAAAGCAAGAAGAACUAUCCAGAUCCGAUGGAUAUAGUUAAUAAAUUCGGUGCUGAUGCUUUAAGAUUGUAUUUAAUCAAUUCUCCAGUAGUUAGAGCUGAAAAUUUACGGUUUAAAGAAGAAGGUGUGAGAGAUGUUAUAAAAGACGUAUUUUUGCCGUGGUACAAUGCUUUUAGGUUUCUGCUUCAAAACAUUGAGAUAUACGUUCAAAAUUACAAUAAAGAUUUCGUAUACGACGAAAAUAAUGUUAAAAGCGACAAUAUAAUGGACAAAUGGGUAUUAUCAUUUACCCAAUCUCUGCUUCUUUACAUCAGAAAGGAAAUGGAGUUGUAUCAUUUGUACAAUGUUAUUCCACGAUUAACAAAAUUCUUUGACUAUCUUACCAACUGGUACGUUAGAAUGAACAGGAAACGUCUAAAAGGAGAAAACGGCGAGGAAGACUGCUACGCAGCUCUUACGACUUUGUUUAAUAUCCUUCUUAAUAUAAUCAAGAUGAUGGCACCUUUCUCACCGUUCCUCACCGAAACUAUGUAUCAGUAUUUGAAGCAACUACUAGAUACCAAAGCGGACAGCAUCCACUAUUUAAUGUUACCACAACCGAAUCAAACUUUAAUACAUGUAGAUAUAGAACGAGCUGUUGCUCGUAUGCAGAGUGUGAUAGAACUGGGAAGAGUAAUCAGGGACAGAAAAACAAUACCAAUAAAGUAUCCCUUACCAGAAAUAAUCGUAGUACAUCGAGAUCAACAGUAUUUAGAUGACAUUAUACAAUUGCAAGGCUAUAUUUUAUCAGAAUUAAAUGUAAGGAAAAUAAGCACAACUACUGAUAAAAGUAAAUUUGGCAUCACUCUGAGAGCUGAACCUGAUCAUAAAGUGCUGGGUGCUAGACUGAAGCAAGAGUUUAAGGCUGUGACACAAGGACUUAAGUCGUUAACUGAUGCUGAAAUUAACGAAAUGGUGGAAAAAGGACAUCGGGAUAUAGCUGGUCAACGCAUUGACAUUUCUGAAGUUAGAUUAAUAUUUAAAUCCGAGAGUUUAAAUAGCGACCAGUAUGAAGUAAAUAGCGAUAACGAUGUUCUGGUGUUAAUGGACGUUACCCCGGAUUCGUCUAUGCAAGACGAAGGCAUCGCAAGAGAAAUUAUUAAUAGAGUACAGAAACUAAGAAAGAAGGCACAUUUGGUUCCCACUGACGAAAUUGCGGUAUUUUAUAAAACAUCUGGUGACUUAAGUCGAGUUGCUACAGAAUAUACUGAGUUUAUAGAAAAUACACUCAAAACACCAUUUAAAUGUCUCCAAAGCAAAAAAGCUUCAGAUGAAACUAUCAUAGAAGAAAAACAAAAGUUAAAAGACUUUGACAUUCAAAUACUUUUGACUAAAAACAGUAAUAUUCAGCUGCCUGUUGUUAAAUGGGUAAACCUUCAAUUAGUAGGACUAAAAUCGAAGUACUGUAAAGAUGCUACAAAAGGAUUAGUUUUGUUAGAAGCUGGAAGUAAAUCUUUAAGUUCGGAAAACCUAAAAGAAGAAGCCUCUCGGCUGUUUAACGUCGACAAAUUCAGUUUGGUUUUAAAGGAUGGAUCUCCUGUUAAUGGACAAAACAUCGAUAAGUUAAGCAGUCAAGUUGUUUUUGUGGUACCGGUAGACCAAAAGCCAGAGUUGCCUAGUGGAUCAUCGGCACCUUUCUGUAAGUUUUUAAACUUUGAGGAAAAAGGUGUGAAAGGAACUAUCAUCUUAGAAAAUCCCGUAGGAAACCCAACGAAAUAUGUUUAUCAAGACGUGUUAAAACUUUGGACUAAAAAGGCAUAAAGAAGGUUAAUCUGGGCCUGUUUUUAGUUAUGUCGAAAGUGGUGAUAUCCAGUUUUUCUUAUUUUGAUAAUUUAUUGUGUAUUAAGAUCUAAAAAAAUAUAUACGACUUGUGUUCUCUU